AAGACUUUCCCGAGGGUCAGAUCUUUUCCCCUGGAAGAUUCCGCUUGCCUGAGGGCCGGCUACCAGCGCCAACAAGUCGGGGACGCGGGAAUGGCAAGGGUGAGGGAAAGAAGAAGGGCGGGUGUGCCGGACUAUUAAGGGACUUUGCAUAAAACGCGGAAUUUCACUGGGGCUCCGGGUAUGCCUCAUCGGUACCCGGACGUAGGCGGCCAAAACGACAUUUCCUGUGGAGGAUUUCACAGGUCGGAGACUACAUUUCCCAGGAGACUGUGGAAACGCGACUACUCCUCUCAAAAAUGUUUGCGUAACCAAACUAGUUUUCCGGAACCGCCUCACUACGUGAAACCUGGAUGCCCUGAAAAGUAUGUGGGGGCUUUGGCCACUGCGGCUCCUUCGCCCCGCCGGUAGCGGGAGGCUCUCGGGGGUCCUUUCCCUUCACGGGAGGCCCGUCGGCGGAGCGGGCGGCCCAUUGGCCGCGAGGAGAGGUUUACUGACCACUAGCUCCAAGAAAAAUUAUGACAUGAGGACAGUAGAUAUAACUCCUUUAGAACAAAGGAAGUUAACUUUUGAUACCCAUUCAUUGGUUCAAGACUUGGAAAAUCAUGGAUUUAAUAAAGCACAAGCAGAAACCAUUGUGUUAUCAUUAAUAAUUCUGUCAAACGUCAGCCUAGACACAAUCUAUAAGGAGAUGGUCACUCAAGCUCAGCAGGAAAUUACUGUCCAGCAAUUAAUGGCACAUUUGGAUUCAAUCCGGAAAGAUAUGGUCAUUCUAGAGAAAAGUGAAUUUGCAAAUCUGAGAGCAGAAAAUGAGAAAAUGAAAAUUGAAUUAGACCAAAUUAAACAGCAACUAUUGCUUGAAACUACGCGAAGCAGAGCAAAUAAUAAACUAGAUAUAAACCUAGAGAGGAGCAGAGUGACAGAUCUGUUUACAGAUCAAGAAAGAAAACUUAUGGAAGCAACCACUGAAUUUAACAAAAGAGAUACCCAUAUCAAAAACAUUAUUUCACAGACCAGUAAUAAAAUUGACAUUGAAAUUGCUUCACUAAAAACACUGAUGGAGUCAAACAAACUUGAGACAAUUCGCUAUCUUGCAGCAUCUGUUUUUACUUGCCUGGCAAUAGCACUGGGAUUUUACCGUUUCUGGAAAUAACAACAACUUUUCAAAUAUCAUCACCAGCAGGAGCAAGACUGCUUUUUGGUACAUUUUGAAGAUAUUUCCUUUUGUAUAAAUUAAUUUUGGCCUGCCUCAACUCCUUAAUAAAUCCAUUUGCCCUAUUCCCUGGUGCCAAAAAGCUGUCAUUGAGAUCCCAAUUAAAGUAUGGUAGAAAGGUAUUUUAUAAUUUGUCCUUGCAACUAGUUUACAGAAUUGGAAACAUAGUUCACUUAUUGUAUCUUGGACAUGGAUUCAUCUUAAACUGCUCAGUUUUGGUUUCAUAUGAGUAAACUUCUCCCCAAA